UCGACUCCUCCACUUAGCACGUCUCAAAGAAUGUCUGAUGGUAUGAAGAAAUCCCUCCUCUCGCUGAUGCUCCUCCUGAGCUGCUGCUCAACGCCGUGCUCCGGCUCCGGCGACGAGCCCGACGUCCGCUGCCUCAAGAGCUUCCUGCGAUCCGUGGUAGAUCCCGGCGGCGCACUGACAUCCUCGUGGAAUUUCGACAACACUACAAAGGGUUACAUAUGCGGAUUCACCGGCGUGGAGUGCUGGUCCGCCGACCAGCCCAAGGUCUGGUCGUUGCGCCUCAGCGGGCUGGGGCUCCAAGGCCCGUUCCCCCGGGGCCUGCGGGACUGCGCGAGCAUGACCGGCGCCCUCGACCUGUCGGGCAACAGCUUCGCCGGACCGGUCCCCGCGGACAUCUCGCUGCAGCUCCCGUUCGUGACGUCCCUGGACCUCUCAUACAACGGCUUCCGGGGGGCGAUCCCGCCGGGCAUGGGGAAGAUGGAGUUCCUCACCCACGUCGACCUUGGGCACAACCAGCUCAGCGGCCAGAUCCCGUUGGAGCUGUUCAGGCUUCCGUUUCUAGCUUCGAUGAAUGUCGCCGACAACUCGUUGUCCGGGCCUAUCCCGCCUUUUCUGCAGAGGUUUCCGGCGUCGUCCUUUGCCGGCAACGACGGGCUCUGUGGCGCUCCGUUGGAUCUUUGCCCCGCCUCCGCGAGCAGAGAGCAGAUCAGCGCCGGGUCGAGUGUCGGGGCGGCUGUCGGGUUCGUCCUGGGGUUUGUGGUGGCCUUCUACUUCCCGCAGUGGUUCGUCUUCUCCGGAAGGCUCCACCCCUACGUCUUCCGCUUUCUCUGAAGCUUCGUCCUUCAUGGGAUGCCAGGAAGACGAAUGUUUGAUUCCUUUGUGAGCUGAAUGCACACCUUCUUUCCCUUGCGUUCACAGUGACAGCAUCGGAGUAGUACGUACUCUCAGGCGGCACUGCUUGAAAAUACAAACCUGCAACACAUUCCAGGCCUAGUGUCUCAA